UGACUGAACUCACUGCAGCAACACCUUGUUUCCUCCAACAGAAGAAGAAGAAGAAAACUGCUUCAGAGGUUCCAUCCAACAUCUUUCUCCACCAAAACUAAACAAGAUGGCCAGCCUGAGUUGGGUCGCUGUGGUGCUGACCUUCAGCCUGUCUGUUGGAAACAAUCUGGCGGUGGAUCAGAAUUACCUUACAAGAAGUGUACAACAAAUCCUGAACACGUACAAGAUAGACGGCAUGCAGUCCAGUUUUGCUGUAAACAUCCCAGAGGACCAGACGAGGCUUGGGGACGUCUUCAGAAAUGACGAAGGUUUCAGGGUGACAACAAAAUAUGGAGGGGGUGAUGUGUACACAGGUACCAAUGUGGUUGCAGCUGCACCUGACUAUGGGGAAACCUUUACUGAUCAUGCAGAGGCCCGUGUGCUGGACAAUAUACAAGGUUUAGCUCAGAGAAGUGCAGGUCACAUCCUGAUCAUCUACUCUUCCCUUUCUCCAUGUGGUGACAAGUGUGCAAGCCUAACCCAUCGGUUCAACAUCUUAGACAAAAUAAGACAGAAUGUCAUACCCAAAUGGGGAGACUAUGCCUUUGUGUUUUCCACAGUAUUCGACCAGAUCACAGCCGGUAAACCCAUACCGCCACAGCAAAUAAAACAGGCCCUGACUAAUCUAGCAGCUGCAGUUGGUCAGAACAACAUAUACCGCUGUUAUCGACCAUGGAGAAUGGAUUUCAGAUGUAUCAAGUGCUACAACAAUGGAGUAGCUGAAACUCAAUGCAUUAAAAACUAAAAACUGUGUCUGAGUCCCAACAGGGCUGUGGUAGAGUUGAUUGGCGUAGAGGAUUCAGGUCCAACUGAUGGGAACUGAUACAACUGAUACCACUUAAAUAGCAUUAGAAAAAAAAAAAAAAGUAUGCUUAACUGCUAACACUUUCUCAUUUAAACUACAAGCUUAUUACAAAGACAGGCUAAGGACCCAAACACACUUGAGAUGUUUUCUGUGGUCCAGAUCAUUAACCUGCAGAGCUUAAAUCAUUCUCCUGCACACAUACUAUGAGCUUUAUGGUUAUUGUUUACCUUCACACUGUUUUGGGGGUUGUUCCAUGUAACGGCUGUGAAUCACUGUACUACAUAUGUGUGUAAAACAUGACCAGAUCCUUCUGAAUAAAGCUUUGCUCAGCAUCUUU